AUGACUGAAGUAUCGGUCGAUAGACUCAUAAAACUACGGAAACUCCGGAAACUGGUUCUCUAUUCACGCCACGAGUUAAGCGAUGAUUGGUUUUAUAGACUUCAAGACAAUUGUCCGCAAAUAAAGUCCAUACGCUUUCAGGCCAGGGAUCAAAAGGAUAAGAAGUGGAUUAUCAAAUCUAAUGUCCCGGAGAUUAUGGAUUACUAUGAGAUGGAAAAUCCAUUAAAAUUACGGGACAAACGCAAAGGUCAUAUGCCCAGAGCCAAGUAUAAAGGCGGUAAUAACGAGAGUAGUCUGGGUUUUGGUCAUCGGAUUGAAGUGAAAACACCACAAAUAAUACCCCAAUUGUGUGGCCAACGGAUCCAACAGUUUAUCAAUGGAUACGACUUUGUGUUGGCUAUGAAUGAGUACAACCAUAAUAUCACACAAAUAUGUUGUGGUAAUCAACACUCCCUGGCCCUCACCACCGAUCGACAGGUAUAUGGCUGGGGAUGUCACAUAUUUGGGCAAAUAGGGUGCGGUGAACCUGAACAUAAGCGACAAUUCAUUGAGUUAUCGACCAUCGGAUCGGGAGGUUUUGGAACAUUCACUGAAGAAUACUUACAACGAGUUUACGAUGAAGUGAGGAAUUUAGGAAAACUGAGCUCAAAAUAUGUGGUCCAGUAUUUUGAUUCGUGGGUCGAAAGCAAACACCUCUACAUUCAGAUGGAGUUCUGUUCACAGAAUUUAAGGAAUAUUCUUGAAGUGAAACCACAAGUAUUUGGUCGACAAUUAAGA